CACAGCGUUUAUGGAUACCGUUGUUAAUCGAACAUUUCCAUUUUUCCAUGGAGGGUACCUGAAAUUACGCUAAUCGGCCUUUUUAAGUUGUAUUUUUAGAGUAAAGACGACAGAAGAUCCUUUAACACUAGGACUGAGUAUAAUGACUGUGACUGGAACAGUGCAGAAGCAUAUUGCUACUCUCUCAAGACAAGCUACUCGAGAGUCUCUCACUUUAGGUUCUCUGGGAGGUAGUUCAAUAGUUGCAACAGAAUGUGGAGACCCUGCCUGUAAUACAAACAAUUCUAUUCUUCAUAGAAAACUUCAAGAUGUUAACAUAGAACUAGCUAGGAACAGAGAACUAGUUUUCCAGGAGCAGUUUUUGAACUGCAGUGCAGAACUUAAGAAAGUGGACGAGGAAGUGAACGAAACUACACAGACUUAUAUUCAGGAGAGCACCAUUAGUAUCCAGCAGAGUCUAAAUACAACAAACCAAAUUUUGGAACAGCUUAGUCUUCUCUCUAGUUCAUUAACAGAUUCAGGACUUGCUCAGCUACUCCCACUUUAGAUUCAGGAUUAGCGCAGCUACUCCCAAUAUAAAUUCAGAAUUAGCUCAUCUACUUAAUCUAGAUUCAGGGUUAGCUCAGCUACUCCCAACAUAGAUUCAGGGUUAGCUCAGCUACUCCCAAUAAAAAUUCAGGAUUAGCUCAGCUACUCCCAAUAAUGAUUCAGGAUUAGCUCAGCUACUCCCAAUAUAGAUUCAAGAUUAGCUCAGCUACUCCCAGUAAAGAUUCAGGGUUAGCUCAGCUACUCUCAAUAUAGAUUCAGGGCUAGCUCAGCUACUCCCAAUAAUGAUUCAGGAUUAGCUUAGCUACUCUCAAUAUAGAUUCAGGACUAGCUCAGUUACUCCCAAUAUAGAUUCAGGGCUGGCUCAGCUACUCCCAAUAAUGAUUCAGGAUUAGCUGAGCUAAUCUCAACAUAGAUUCAGGGCUAGCUCAGCUACUCUCAAUAUAGAUUCAUGGCUAGCUCAGUUACUCCUAAUAUAGAUUCAGGGUUAGCUCAGCUUCUCCCAAUAAUGAUUCAGGAUUAGCCCAGCUACUCUCAAUAUAGAUUCAGGGCUAGCUCAGCUACUCCCAAUAAUGAUUCAGGACUAGCUCAGCUGCUCUCAAUAUAGAUUUAGGAUUAAUUCAGCUACUCUCAAUAUAGAUUCAGGGCUAGCUCAGCUACUCCCAAUAAUGAUUUAUGAUUAGCUUAGCUACUCUCAAUCUAGAUUCAGGGUUAGCUCAGCUACUCUCAAUAUAGAUUCAGGGCUAGCUCAGCUGCUCCCAAUAUAGAUUAAUGGUCAGCUCAUCUACUCUCAAUAUAUGAUUAUAUGAAACUCUUAAAAUAUUUUCGCAUAUUUCAUGGUUAUUUCUUUGUUUUAUAAUUAUGAAUCACUGAGAUUUAGGUAUAUAUUUAAGUAUAAAACCCACUGAAAAAUUGUUAUGAUGACAUUUUAUAAAUUCUUUUGAACUUCUUUUUUUCGUCUAAGAGCUAGUGCUUUAUCAUUACAUUAUGAUUGCCUUUUUUUGCGAACUUUCGGUGAUUAAAGACUUUGCAUUUAAGUAAGGUUAAUAAUGGAAUAAAUUUGUUUGAUGUUUCUCAUAUUCUUGAUUCAAGAAAUACAAAUUUACAAAUAUAAUAUUUGAUAAUUUUGUA